AUGUCGUUAGUAAAAAGAGCCGUUGGUUAUGGACCCUUGAGUCGUAAUGGUCUUUUUGUAAAAGUUCCUUGGAGGACUUUUGCUUCAAAAUCGACUUCUGCUUCGAAUUCUGCAUCUAUUUCUGCUGAUUUCAAAGCUAACUCUCCACAGAAGUCUUCAAGCCAGCCUUCAGAACAUCCACAACUUUCGCCAGAAGAUGCCAAAAGAGAGGCUGCAAAACUAGCGGCGCAAGCACUUAAAGAUGUAGGCUCGCUUUUCUCAUCAGGAAGCGACGAUGCCACUCAACCUAUUGAUACCGAGCCGAUUUUCAAAAAUCCUCAACUCUUUGCACCUUUGAGUUUAUUGCACCAGGGUCAAGUCUUGAAGGAACUUCAAGACAAGUAUGAUAAGAAAUGGACAAAGUUGACACAGGAAGAUAAGAAGUUGGGCUACUACAUAGCAUAUGGAGACUGGGGAGUUCGUGAAGAGUUUAAGAAUUGGAAAACUCUAGAAGCUCCUUAUGAUCUUCCAUUCAGAGUACCUUCUGAGAUAAAGAGCACAAAUCCUUCCAGAACUACAGUCAUAAAGAAAUUGACACCAGAAGUGAUACUAGGAGAAACUCCUAUCAGGGAAAAACAAUUUGACUACAAGAAGAUGGAUGGAGUCACCAAGUUUUUCAUCUAUAUGACUUCUUUUAUUGUAAUCGCAGCAAUUUUCAGAGACAAGAAGAUUGGAGAAGAGGGUAAACCAGAGGAGAUCAUAAUAGAAGAUCCAUAUGAAAAGGAGAGACAGUUGCGUGCUGAGCGUGAAGCAGAGGAAGAAAGAAUAAGACUUGAGAAGGAGAGACUUGCUUUAGAAAGACUGAAGAGAAAAUGGUACUACUUGUAUUUGAAAUGA